AUGUCUGCAGCAAAGGGAAAGAGGGUUUACCUCACCUGGACAGAUGAGAUGGACUGUGCAUUGUUGGCUGUCCUUGUGGAGCAUCACAACAAUGGUGAUCAUGCCCAAAAUGGAUGGAAGCCGCAUGUCUACAAUGCUGCUAUAAAGAAUGUGCGUGACAAGUGUAAUGUGGAGAUCACAAAGGAUAACAUAACAUCAAGGUGCAAAACUUUUGAUAAGCACUAUGAGAUCAUUAGCAAGAUCCUUUCUCAGAGUGGAUUUGGUUGGGAUUGGGACAAUAAUAAGCUGUCAAUUGAUAGUGAUGAUGUUUGGAAUAGAUAUGUGGAGGGCAACAAGGCUGCAGCUUGUUACAAGACUAAAGUAGUGAAGAAUUGUGAUGCAAUCAGCACCAUUUACUCAACUAAUCAUGGCAAUGGUGAAGGUGCCAGGACAGGUGCUGAAGAUGCUCAAGCUUCACCUGAACAAGAUGGUGAUGCAUCCCCAAAUUUGCCACCAAAGAGGCAGCGAACUGGUGAUGCAAUUCUUUGCAUGCUUGGAGAUAUGAAGACCUCAUUCAAUGAUGCUUUGAAGUCCACUGAGCCAUUACCAAUGCCCCAAGUUACUCCUGCUGAAAUCCUUGUUGCACUUCAAAUGAUAUCAGAUUUAGAUAGAUGUGACAUGCUGAAAUCUUAUGGAAAGUUGAUCCUUAAUGAGCGCUUGUUCCAAGCGCUUAUGGAGCUCCCCAUGGACAUGAGGAAUGCAUGGCUCUUGAUGUUGAAUGAGAAGAUUUCCAAUUGA